AUGUCCAACCUAAAACGCCGCAUCUCCUACGUCCUACCCAACCCCUCCCCCGAUGCCCCUCCCCCCCUCCUCUCCCUCCCGCCCUUCGACCACGACAAGAAAGGCCAUCCCACCCCCUUCAUCCUCCCCAAAGCCGCGCCCACAUUCGGCUCCCGCAACCCCUUCCUCCAAACCAAGCGGGACAGCCAGCAGAGAAAAAGCCCGGGGCACCCGCAACAUUGCCUGGGCGUGGAGGCGCUGGCGCUGGAUACGACGACUGUCCUGGAGGGAGAUUCGAGCCCAGGUGGGAUAUUGUAUACUGCGGGACGAGAUGGGCUCGUCGCUUCUUGGGACCUCGACAUCCCCCACACCCGGCGUUUCUCCCCCCGCUACUCUUCCCUCGACGGCAAGAAGAAGCCCAAACGCAUCCGCUGGGAAUCUAUCGGCGACGACGCCGAAUUCUUCGAAGAUGAUGACGAAGUCGACCCGGCGGAGGGGAGUGGGAGUGAUGAAGAGUGGGUGGAUAUGAAGAAGAAAUUUGAUGAAGUGCCGUAUGAGGAUAGGUGGGAGGUGGACAAGGUCGAGCUUGCGAAACGUAGCCCGCAGACGACGUUCCGCCAGUCCGCGCAGACGCAUACCGACUGGGUCAACGCGAUGCUGCUCUGCAACUACAACCGGACUGCCAUAACAGCCUCAUCCGAUAGGACUAUCCGUGCAUGGACACCGCACACCUCUGGCGACGACGAGUCUCCGUCGACCCCGGCGCUGAUAGGCACGCACGACGAUUAUGUCAAGAGUCUCGCCUGGGCCAAGGGGCAUGGGUAUCUCUGGUCUGGAGGGUUGGACCAAAAGAUCCAUUUGUGGGAUGUCAAGGAGACCCGCGGGUCCGAUCCCAUCCUUACCGUACCCAUCACCGACGCCGACGACCAACGUGGCAGUGUAUACACUCUCGGUACUGAUCAAGCUGGUACGACACUUGCAGCCGGUACAGCCGAGCGUACAGUCCGCCUCUGGGAUGCCCGCUCUGGUCCAAAGAGCACUGGCUACUUGAUCGGGCACGAAGACCGUGUCCGAAGCAUCCUCAUCUCCGACUCUGGCAAAUACAUGCUCACUGGCUCUGCCGACUCUACCAUCAAACUCUGGUCACUCUCCGCCCAUCGCUGUCUCCACACAUUCACCCACUCCUCCUCUUCCAUCUGGUCCCUCUUCUCCUCCCACCCCAACCUCGAACGAUUCUACUCUGGGUCUCGAGACGGACAUCUUUGCGCUAUAGAUUUCGAAGGGUGCGGCGAUAUAUCUCAGGGAGAAUGUGUCGUCCUUGCGCGGGAAGGUGAGGUGGAAGAGAAUGGGAGAAGGGUGGGCGGGACGUAUGAGGGUGAAGAAGGGAUCCGGUCCAUCGUGGCGAUGGACGACGAAUACGUCUGGACGUCUACUGGUAGCGCCGAUGUCCACCGCUGGCGAGAUGUCGGCCGGCGGAUCAGCCGGCUGGACAAGGACUUUGGCGGCACAUCGUUCAAGCGUAGAAGCUGGCUUGAUAGUAACCCUCUCAGCGCUGUAGACCCGAUCAACAAGCGUCUACUCGAUUCUGGGGAAGAUGGGUUGACCAGGACGGACACGAGGGAUUCGAGGUCGAUCUCAUUCGCCCCGGUGCCUGCUGUCCGAAACAACUCGGAUGAGCCGGCUUCACCCAUCUCGCCCGUAUCUGCCGUGCCCCCAGCCUUACGCGACCGUCUCAACCAUCGUUCGUCUCUAUCUACUUCUUCCUUUGUUUCAGACACUACCACCCCGGAGGAAGAAGAUGUCGGGACUCGGAACGGGUUGCCUUAUAGCGCGCUUGUGAAUCUGGCGCCAGAUGAGGGUGUGUAUGGCUUUGGAGCAGCGAGCGGGUCCGUAGCGUCCUUCGCCCGCCGCCCCGACGAGCCUCGCCAACCCACCGACCCUAUAGACCCCAACAAACGCUCAGCAUUCCUCAAUCGCGACGUCGACUCCGCCGCCAUCCCUCUCCGCCCCACCCCCGACGAAGACGGCAGGAUCCAAGGCCGAGAAGGUCUCAUCCGCUCUGGUACUUGCCUAGACAAACAACAUGUUGUCACUGUCGAUACCCUUGGAGGGGUGGCUAUCUGGAAUAUCAUGUCUGGCCUUUGUAUCGGUAUAUUCGACUGGCAAGAAAUCGCCGAAGCUUUCCACAUUACCGUAAAACCCAACGGCGAGGCCGCUGUGCGUAAACAGAUCCGGAGGCAUGCUUCGGAUGUUAUCGAUCUUGUGAGGAAGAGGGUGGAUGGGGAGGUGGAGAUUUUCCCGUGGUUGGCGGGGAUCGAUACGAAGAUUGGGAGUUUGGUGGUGCAUCUGGAUGAGGGGAGGGUGUUUGAUGCGGAUGCGUUUGCUGAUGAGUUGGGGUUGAGUGGUGGGGAUAUUGACGAGGAUAUCAGGAUUAAUCUGGGCAAAUGGGCACUUUCGAACCUGUUCAGAGGGCUGAUCCUCGCCGAAGAACAUGAAGUCACCUCCCAAGUUCCUCCUCUCUCAUCUCCAUCCAACCCCGCAUUCCUCGAAGCACCCCACGCUCCCUCCCGCAUGCGCGCCCCCUCCCUCUCAACACCUAUCGACCGCCCCCAAACUUCAGCCCACCGUAAACGCGCCAUGACCGGCUCUUUCUCCAAAACCCGGCCCACGCUCAAUAUCCCGGUUACGAGUCCUACCAUGGGCCGGCAGGCUGUCUUUUUGGAUAUGCCUGAUGAAGAGGCCAGAGAGGGGGGUAGGGAAGAGGGGUGGAGAGGGUUUGAUACGAGCAAGGCGGGGACGCCGGGGAGGAUGGGACUGUCGGGGCCGCCGACGGUGGAGAGCCACACUUUCGGGAUGGGGUCUGGUGUGUUGAGCAAUUCGUAUACCAGCGCUUCGGGGAAAGAUUACUUUUCGCCCCGUAAAACCGACCCGUCUCCCCCGGGUAACGCGAACGGAGGAGGCAAGGAGAGUAAUGGCAGUAUAGGAAAGUCGCCAGCGACGCCUGGUGGUGGAGGAUUGAUGGGAAAGUUGAAGAAUCUCGGAAAGAAAAAGACGGCCGAAUCUGCCAUGCCUGCUGUACAAGAGAGAGAGAUCUUCAAGGAAGACACUGGUCCAAAAGUAUCCGAAAGAGACGCCGCCCAACUCGAAAUGCUCGACCUCGUCCGCUCACACCACUUCCACCCCCCACCCCCACACGAAGCCCCACCCAUCCACUACCCCCCGAACACCACCCUCCUCCUCUCGGAACAAGUCGGUAACGCCGGCGCGUGGGUGGUCACUUAUCGCUCGCAAGUGUCGACUACGGAAAGGGAUAUGGAGGCGCUGGAGAUGAAUUCGCCAAUGUGGCUUUUGGACUGUAUUUUUGCGAAUAGGGUGAAGGAGAAGCCUGUGCCGAGGGUGACGUUUGUGUUGAAGCCACAGCAGGGGAGCAGUCUGCCGCUCUUAUCCGAAACGAGCCGAACGGUAUUCGCCAACCGCAGCCUGAGGGCGAAACGGAUCUACACCCACAUCGCCGACAAACUCAACGACGCAACCCCUUCUACCCAGACAAAAUUGACGCCAGAUGAUCUCGAGCUUUUCCUAGCUCAAAAGUCGGAAUUGGGAGUCAUCAAUGGCCGCACGUCCGUCUGGCAGUUGAGGACUUUGGCAGAGAAUAAGUCAGAGGUGUUGGUGUAUUACGCUUUGAAGGGGGAGAGUGUGAAAAGGUAG